AUGGCGACGAGUACUACAAAGACAGGCGCGCCACUAGAUCGAGCCACGUUCGAGUCCUUGCUGCGUCGACGCCUGUUCUACACCCCUGCCUUCGAAAUCUACGGCGGGGAGAAAGGUCUGUUCGACUAUGGACCUCCUGGCUGUGCCUUACAAAACAAUCUGGUCGAUAUAUGGAGGAAGCAUUUCGUCCUGGAGGAGGAUAUGCUAGAGGUGGACUGUACCCAAAUUACCCCUGCAGCAGUAUUCAAGACAAGUGGGCAUGUGGACAAGUUUGCGGAUUGGAUGUGCAAAGACCCUAAGAGUGGCGAGAUCUUCCGAGCGGAUCAUCUUGUGGAGCAGGUUCUGGAGGCAAGGUUGAAGGGCGACAAAGAAGCGCGUGGCCAGACGGUGGAAAUCGAUCAAGCUAAAGAUGCUAAGAGAAAAAAGAAGAAAGUCAAGGACGUUCAAGCCGUGCAGUUGGACGAUGCUGUCGUGAAAGAAUACGAGGAAACUCUGGCCAAGAUCGACAAUUAUGGCGGCGAGGAACUUGGACAACUGAUCAAGAAAUUCGACAUCAAAAGCCCCGAAACCGGAGUAGACCUGGAGCCUCCUCGCGCAUUCAAUCUCAUGUUCCAAUUAACCAUUGGUCCCAGUGCUUCAACACCUAAUGGAUAUCUCAGACCAGAAACGGCGCAGGGUCAAUUUCUCAACUUCCAAAAAUUACUCGAGUUUAACCAACAAUCUAUGCCCUUCGCUUCUGCCUCGGUUGGCAAAUCGUUUCGGAAUGAGAUCUCGCCGCGAUCUGGUUUGCUGAGAGUGCGAGAAUUCCUGAUGGCUGAGAUUGAACAUUUUGUGGACCCCGAAAGUGGGAAGAGGCAUCCACGCUUCGCCCAGGUCAAAGACACAAAGAUGACAUUGCUGAAUCGGAACGUGCAGUUAGAAGGCAGCACCAAAGCAGAAGAGCUGACGAUCGGUGAGGCAGUCGCAUCGAAGCUCGUAGACAACGAGACGCUCGGAUACUUUCUGGCACGAAUACAGAUGUUUCUAUUACGACUCGGCGUUGACUACAGCAAGUUGCGCUUCAGACAGCACAUGGCUAACGAGAUGGCUCACUACGCCGCGGAUUGCUGGGAUGCCGAGCUACGCACGAGCUUGGGCUGGAUAGAGUGUGUUGGCUGUGCUGAUAGAUCGGCAUACGAUUUGACAGUACAUCGCAACAAGACUGGAGCAUCUCUUUUUGUACGAGAAACGCGAGCCGAACCGCUUAAAAUCGAGGAAUAUCAGGUUGACAUCGACAAAAAGAGGUUCGGCCCCAAGUUCAAGAAAGAUGCAAAGGCGGUCGAGCAAGCGGUCGAGGCUCUUAGCCAGGAACUGAGGGAGAAAAUGUCGCUAGAGCUGGAAAAGGAAGGAAGGAUAACUUUAGAUGUGCCAGCAGUUGGGAAUGGCAAAGUUGAGUUGGAAAAGGAUCUCGUGAAGAUCGAGAAGAGAACGCGAGUUGAACAUGUCCGAGAAUACACACCCAACGUUAUCGAACCAUCCUUUGGUAUUGGCCGGAUCCUCUACAGCUUGAUCGAGCAUGUUUACUGGUCAAGACCAGAGGAUGACGCUCGUGGUGUUCUCUCAUUUCCGCCUCCUGUCGCGCCUACGAAGGUCCUCUUGGUACCUCUGUCCGGUUCCGAUGACCUCCGUCCGUAUUUGCAGCAGCUGACAUACAAGCUUCGGCGGAUGGGAAUCUCUAGCAAGAUCGAUGAUUCGUCGGCUAGUAUUGGCAAGCGUUAUUCAAGAAACGAUGAACUUGGGACACCACUUGGCAUCACCGUCGACUUCCAAACGGUCAAGGACAACACUGUCACUUUGCGAGACCGGGAUACUACAUCGCAAGUCAGAGCGAGCGAGGAUGAGAUCUGUGCAGCUGCCAAGGCAAUCGUUGAUGGAGAGGAGACGUGGGAGGAUGUUGCGAAGCGGUUACCAAAAUUCGAAGGACAAGAGGUAGACUGA